AUGAACGGAGACACCAACCACCGCGCAAUCACGGUGGCAGCGGAUGCGGGGCGCGGCUGGACUUCUCACAUGGAGGGACGGUUCAGGCAGACGCCGACUCUUCUGAAGCCCACUGCCAACAGCUACUCUUGCUGCAUCUUCAGAGUCCCCAAGAGCCAAGUGGAGAGCAACGCCAAGGCUUACAAGCCCCGCGUUGUGUCCGUUGGCCCGUACCACCAUGGGGAAGAGCAGCUGAUGCUGAUCGAACAGCACAAGCCUCGACUGUUCUCCGCUAUGCUCGAUCGGACCAGAGACUACGGCGCUGGCCUGGACCAUUACUUUGAGGCCGUCGCCUCGCUGGAGACCGGCAUACGGGACAGCUACUCGGAGGCCCUCGAUCAGGAAACAUCGGUUUUUAUAGAGAUGAUGGUUCUCGAUGCUUGUUUCAUCGUUGAGAUGUUCCGCGUCUUCGCCCAAGUGAUCAGACCGGACGCCAACGACCCCUUGUUCUCCAUGCGGUGGAUUUUCACGUCCCUCACGCUCGACCUCCUCCUGAUUGAAAACCAGAUCCCGUUCAUCGUUCUUCAGACGAUCUACGACUUAUCCAGCUCUCCCUCGGAAGCCAACACCUCCCUCAAUGAGAUCGCCUUAGAGUUCUUCAACUAUGCGCUCAGACUGCCGGCGGAACGCCUUGAGAGGCACUACCAAGUCUCCAAUGUCACGCACUUGCUUGAUUUGUUCCGAAUGGGCAUAAUCGGCCAUUUGGAUCUCGAACAUCCCGGAUGGGUCGAUGAAGAGUCGCUUCAACUGAUACCCUCCACGAAGCAGCUGCAACUCGCGGGGAUAAAGUUUGAACCGAGGGAGAGCGAUGAGCUAAUCAGCGUCGUGUUCGACGACGGAGUGCUUCGGAUCCCUCCUUUAACCCUCGACUUUUUCACCAGCUCCUUCUUCCUCAACUGCGUGGCUUUCGAGCAGAGCUACCGUUACUGCUCCAGCCACAUCACCAAUUACAUGAUCCUCAUGAGAUGUCUCGUGCGUUCGGCGUUGGACGCAGAGUUCCUGUCUCAGCGCAACAUAAUCACAAACUUUCUGGGGACCGACGAGGAGGUCACGAGGUUCUUCAAUGAUCUCGCCAAGGAUGUCAUGUUCGAUAUGAAGAAGAGUUACUUGGCCGAGUUAUUCGAGCAAGUGAACCGGUACCACCAGAACAAGUGGCAUGUUCAAAGGACGGGGAUCAAGCGCGAGUACUUCGGCAGCCCUUGGUCCUUCAUCUCGGCCGCCGCUGCUUUCAUUCUCCUAGUCCUUACCUUCGUCCAGGCCAUCUACGCCAUUUACGCUUAUUAUCGUCCCGACGAUUAA